ACGCGUUAACUGUCACCACCGUCGCCCGCGUUUCGUUUAAUUUUUUUCACAUGUCCCAACCAUUCAACCCGAAUUCUGGCCGUUUUUUAACGGAAGGAACUUUUUCUGGUUUAUUCUAACGUAUUUUUGUUAUUAUUCUGUGCCCAACAUCAACGACGGUGACAUUUCGAUCUCGUCACCUGGAUCAAUUUUUACCAGGCACGGUCGUCCUGUUCUGUGACCAAGGCGGUGUGCUUGGGUCGUGUGGUGACAGGGAGACCGUUAGGACACACCUGUAUAGAGGUGUGCUGCUACACAGGGGCGUACAUAGGUGUGUUCCUGCAAGUCAGAACUAGGGGAAUGAAUCAUAGUGUUUGUUCAGGAUCCUCCCUGAGACAGUUGCCGGGACAUGGACGAGCAGCCGGAAUACUCGGAUAAGUUCAAGGAAAUUUUCGACCUGUGCGACGUUGACAAAGAUGGGUAUAUCGACGUGAGACACUUCACAGAGCUUGCGCACGACCAUUUCGGCGCCGCCAGCACUGAGACUCCAAAAACCAGCGGCUCGUGGAGCAGCCAGCAGACCUUCUCGGAGUACGACAUAACAGGCCUAGAGGACCUGACCGGACUUGACAGCCCCGCCCUCCCCUCCAGCCCCGCCCCCCGGCUCCCACUUUCUCCCGCCCCCCUCCCGUCGACGGUACUGAACGGCGUCCCGCUCCUCAUCGCAGUCACUUCGGAGGACGAGGGCGACAGUGCCAUCAGUGGCAAGUCUUCCGAGAUCAACGAGAACAGUCGGCAGGAGAUUACUGAUGAGGAGAACUAUGAAGACUUUGGCGAGAUCGAAUCUGAAGCUGAUGUCUCAGACCAGGGACAUUUAACGCCAUCUACACAACGCAAGAGAGCAGACAGAAGGGACCCACUCUCUCGACAUCAUAAGAAAACGUGCACUAACAGACGCCUCACAACAGCAGCGCUUGCAAGCCAACUGCAGCGUAGUGCUAGGAACUCCCCCUCCAGCACACGCCGCAGCAGCCUGGGCUCUGACGAGAUCUUUGACGACAUCGACGGCAACUUCCAGGACGUCAACGGACGGUUGCACUUCCUGGAAGAACAGCUUCAGCACCUGACCCAGCUACACACAGAGACCAACUCCAAGCAAGUCAAACUCAAGGACGAGAACUCUGUGCUGGUGCAGAAGGUACACUACCUGGAGGAACAGCUCCGGGAUAUGGAAGUACGUGGGGAAGACAGGCUCACAGACGAAAGAAGAAAACACCAGGACUUUAUGGCGCGACACGAGCGAGAAAAGAAUGAACAGGUGGACUACAUCACACAAAGACUAAACCGCAUCGAGCGGGAGUAUGAGGAGCUCAAGGAGGAAGCUCCGAGGUUAAAGACAGAGAUGGCCAAACUCCGCACAGAGAAGAUGGACAUCCAGGAGCGGCUGCUGGAGAGACAGGAGAACUACAACGCUCUCUAUGAGGAGCAUGAGAAACUCAAAGUAGAUUACCACAAGCAGGAGACGCUACACCAGAAGGAGAGGCAUGCUACUGGACAGCUCCUCGAUGAAAUGGGGAAAGAGUUGGAAGAUUUACGUCGCUACAAGAUCGAUGUGGAGGCUGGGACACGGUCACCCAGCGGCAGUAUCUCGGAGCUGCCUGGGCGUUACCACGACCUGCAGAAUGAAAUCCACAAACUGAAGGAGGUCAUGUGGUCUGAGUGGCGGGAUCUAUGGCAGGAGAACCGCCAUCUUCAUGACUCCAACGAGGAGUUGAAUGCCCAGUUGCUAACCAAGUGUAUCGGAGAGGGUCGGUCCCUCAUCAAGGACACAGGGGGUCAGUCUUUGGCACAGGAGUUGGAGCAUCUAACCAAGGAGGAGCUGCUGGAACAGCUCAAGCUGGAGCGGGACAUCAACAUGCGGCUCAAGCAGUACGUCGACCGCAUCAUCAUCACCAUCCUGGAGAAAAACCCCUCGCUGCUCGAGAUCACCAACAGUCGCUGAUGGAAGUGUGGUUCUUGAACACCACUUUGCAUCAUCUUCUCACCCCGUCGAUUGCCUACACUCCUCCUGUAUUGGCGUGUGGGUUUUUUCCCCCACGUGUGCUUGCUGAUCUCGUCUUUGUCCUGUGGCGUAGCCUCCUGUCUCAUGUAAAGUUCUCUUUCUGUUGUUUGUUGCUGGCUGUAGAGAGAUCUGUGGUGUAAUGGUAAGGCUCUUUGCUGUUGCAUGCAGAAGAUUCGAGUUCAAUUCCCUUUUGGGGAUUAUUUUAAAGAGUAUCUCUGUUGGUACAAUGGGAUGUUGUAUCCCAGUCAACCAGGGGUGGCCCUGACAAACAGGGUUGAAGCAACGCCUCUCUUAUGUUUCAAAUUGUGUUAGUGAGGGCAGAAAACAUUUACAACCAUGCCAUAAAAAACUCAUCCAAUGACCUUUGUCUUUAAAAUAGAUAUCAAGGUUUUUUGGACACAUUAUCUUUUGUCCAGCAUAGUUUAGUAUGUGCCUUCCUCUCUUUUGCUGAAAUAUGCAUAUCCUUUGUCCUCUGGGGAGGGGUAGGAGGGAAGGGGGGGUUAUUGUCCUAACUCUGUGGUGUUUGUUUUGUUCCUUGGUCCAGUUUCUGUCCAUCAAUGUGUCAGUUGUUGCUGAUAGAGAUUGUUGAUCUAUAUUCUACCGCCUAAACUCUGUGCAUUCCACAAUACCUUGUAAUAUGCACCAAAUUACCUUAUAUUGUUUUGAUGCCAAACAGAAAAUGCCCUCUAUUUUUUUGUGAUCUCUGGACACUAUUUUAGUUGGUUUUAUUUUCAGAAAACUUGCUAUAUGUUUCAUAAAUCUCUUUGUGGAGAGAAAGGGGGAGGGAGAAUGGUGUCUAUUUCAGAUGUUGCUUUAUUUCAUGUUUUUUAGAUGUACGAAGGUGUAUGCAGAAAAAUGAGCAAAUCGUCCUGUCUUGACGUAUGUCAGCAGAUGCCAGUUAUUGUAAACGUUUUUAUGAUUACAAGGCCAAUGUUAAGUGAACCUUUUGAUGAUCUGGUCUUUGGUUCUGUCAGUGUGCAUAUCUAUGUGAAAGCAUGUUAUCCAUGCAUACGUGUAAUUGUGUUAAUCACGAGAGCGAUAUCUGUAACUGAUACUAAAAA